AGAAAAAAUAGGAAAUUUGAAAAUCAGUGCAAAAGAGGUAAGGUCAGAACCGAUCUCCUCACAAUACUUUUCUCUUUCCAUUGAGAUCUCAUCCAAGGGGACUCCGAUCCUCUUCUCCUUUCCACGCCGCGGGACCAGAUCGCCGCCGCUGCGGAUUCCAAGAUGAUCACAAUUCCCUACAUCACCGCCCUUACCACGUACUUCAGCUACGGCCUCCUCUUCGCAUUCGGCCAGCUCCGCGAUUUUUUCCGCAAAAUUUUCGACUGGUGGUCCAAGAGCAGCCUUCAGGGCUACGCGCCAAUCUGCUUGGGGCUUGAGGAUUUCUAUGUUCGGAGAUUGUAUCUACGGAUUCAGGAUUGCUUUAAUAGACCAAUAUCAAGCUCUCCUGAUGCUUGGUUUGAUUUGGUGGAGCGUAUCUCUAAUGACAACAACAAAACUUUAAAGCGAACCACAAAAGUGAAAAGAUGUCUGAACCUAGGAUCUUAUAACUAUUUGGGGUUUGCGGCAGCAGACGAAUACUGCACACCACGCGCAAUUGAGACAUUGAAGAAUUUUGCCCCUAGCUCAUGCAGUACACGGGUUGAUGGAGGCACUACCACAUUGCAUGUUGAAUUAGAGAAGUGUGUAGCUAAUUUUUUGGGAAAGGAAGCUGCUAUAGUUUUUGGCAUGGGUUAUGCCACAAAUUCUGCCAUUCUUCCUGUAUUAAUGGGGAAGGGACGUCUGAUUAUCAGUGACUCUCUGAAUCAUAACUCUAUUGUUAAUGGUGCUCGUGGAUCUGGAGCCACUAUACGGGUUUUUCAGCAUAAUACACCGUCUCAUUUGGAGAAAGUUCUCAGAGAACAAAUUGCUGAGGGACAGCCAAGAACCCACAGACCUUGGAAGAAGAUAAUGGUCGUAGUGGAAGGAAUCUACAGCAUGGAAGGUGAACUGUGCCAGCUCCCUGAGAUUGUUGCCAUAUGCAAGAAAUACAAGGCAUAUGUUUAUCUAGAUGAGGCACACAGCAUUGGAGCUGUUGGAAAAACUGGAAGGGGCGUCUGUGAGCUGUUAGGCGUUGAUACUGCAGAUGUAGAUAUUAUGAUGGGAACUUUCACAAAAUCAUUUGGAUCAUGUGGCGGCUAUAUUGCAGGAUCUAAGGAACUUAUUCAAUACUUGAAGUAUACUUGCCCUGCUCAUCUUUAUGCCACCUCAAUAUCGCCACCUGCUGCGGAGCAGAUCAUUUCUUCCAUUAAGGUUGUUAAUGGCGAAGAUGGCUCCAGUAGAGGGGCUCAAAAACUUGCCAAGAUACGGGAGAAUAGCAACUUUUUCAGAUCCGAAUUGCAGAAAAUGGGUUUUGAGGUUCUGGGUGAUAAUGAUUCUCCUGUGAUGCCCAUUAUGCUCUAUAAUCCAGCAAAAAUUCCUGCAUUUUCACGAGAGUGCCUGAAAAGAAAUGUGGCUGUUGUGACUGUUGCAUUUCCCGCCACACCUUUGCUUCUGGCACGUGCACGCAUUUGCAUCUCUGCUGCUCAUUCAAGGGAAGACCUUGUUAAAGCUUUGGAGGUAAUCAGUGAAGUAGGCGACAUGGUAGGUAUAAAGUACUUCCCUGCUGAGCCAGAGAAACAGCAGCUGGAAGGAGACAGGGUUAAGCUGGAAUGAUAAGAAAUCUUCCAUUUUCUGUUAGUUUCCUUAGUGUCAUUUACUACGUCCAGUUGGCUCGGCGCGUGACCUGUAAGUUUUAUUUCAAUUUUGUGUACAUAAAGGUGUAUGUGAUUUUGUUACUAGAAGUAUGAUAAGUGUGCUAAGUUAUACUCUUUUGUAUCGGAAACCGACAGCUCUCUUUGUUUAAUUACCUACAUGUAUAGCCUUCUGGAAAUUGUUUGAUA